AUGAAUGAGCCACAACAGCCACAGUUGCCACAGGCAUCAGGACUGUCGCUAGAUGGUGUUGCUGCGUUGGCCGCUGCCGCUGCUGCCAUGGAUAGGCUGGCUACUGAUAGUAACGUUGGAAAUGUGAGCCCUAGUGCCACUGAUAACAGUUCAGUAUCUUCGUCAAAUGGUCUACUUACGCCUUCUGGUGGUCCAGAGUCUGUGGCAAAAGUUAGUAAUAUGGAGACUAAUCCAUCUCUAUCGACGUCAACAACAACACCAUUGUCAUCUAAUCAAUCAGAUAUUCCCCUAUCAUCUGCUACUAGUAUAACUUCGUUACAAGACCAUGAUAGGCUGUCAUCACCACAGCUAUUAGCUAAGCCGGCAACCUUUUCUCGGGAUGUCACUACUAUUAAGCAAGACGGAUUUUCUUCAGAAUCCUCUAUACAACAACCUGCUCUAUAUAAAACACAUCAGUCGGAUGGUACGGUGCCUGACCGUGUACCUGAACAGGCGUCCACUACACAAGAACCGCUACCGACAGCAAUCGUUCCAGCAUCACUACCAACACCUGUUUCAGCACCUCUAUCAGAGCCAGCAUCAAAAUCGACAGCUGGACCAGCUCUGGCUCCGACACUUGAAUCUUUACCAGCAAGUUCAAUCACAGCUGCAACUGUAGUCACGCCAAUACCAGACACCGUCAUUUCAUCAGUGCCGAGUAAAGUGGAAAAGGAGCUGGAACCAAAGCUAAAACAAGAGCCAAAGCUUGUGGCAGAGCCUCCAGUUGAAUACCCUAUCGAUGCAGGUAUUAUUCGUUGUAUCUGUGGAUUCGAUGAUGACGAUGGAUUCACUAUUCAAUGUGAGAAAUGUAAUGCUUGGCAACAUGCGCAAUGUGUCGAUAUUGCUGAUGAGGCCCAAGUGCCCGAUAUUUAUUACUGCGACCAGUGUAGCGAUCGCACAGUUGACGUUCAACUGGCUAUUGAAAGACAAACAAAACGGAUUCAAGAGUCGGUUGCCAGCGCUAAAAAGAAGAAGCAGAGAUCAAGGAGUAGGAAAGAGAAUCGAACCGAUGGGUCUCCUGAUACUAAGACUAAGACUGGGGGUGCAAAUAGCCCUAAAGUUGGUGACGAUGCUUCAAAUGCUCCUUCUUCAAAUGUAAAUUCAGCUCCAUCGGAAAAUACACCUGCAGAGGGGACAGCAAAUACCCCCGGCCCUGCUACAGUUACAUUUGCUCCCAACCUUGUGACGACCCCUAAUAAUGACCAUGAUGAUAGUAAUGAACAAACUGCCUCCAGUACUGAUAAUACUAAGCGUGGUAGACGCAAGAGGCAGUCCUCUCAAGAGAGUCUAAACAAGAUGAAUGAAGAAGCAGCAAGUAUUUCAGUUAAUAACAGCACCAGUGGUCACAACACCCCUAUUCCUCGCUCACCGGUUGUGGAGUCUGACACGGAACAGGAUGAUAACAAGUUCUAUUUAGAGCAGAAUUUCAAGUGCCAAUUUGUUGCAGUGACUGAAAAUCGCAUUGUCUCGGAAAGUGUGCGAAAGUACAUUGAGUCGAUUCCUUCGCUUUCUCAUCUAGACGAAGAUUCAUGUUCUUUUCUUACCGGCCAAGAGUUUGCUCAUAUAAAACCUGCGAAAGUGAGCGUGCGACCCACUUCUGACCAGUCCAAGCAAAAGUUCAUGGGAUUUUCUAAGUUUGGUCUAUUUUUGGAGUCUGGCAUUCAAAGACAUCGGUUUGUUAUCGAACAUUUUGGUGAGAUCAUGUUUCAACGAGAUUACAAAUCCAACCCUGUGAACCAGUACCGACUCUUUGGCUGUCCUAAACCAGGUGUGCUUUUUGUGCCAAGUUUGGAUAUUGCUAUAGAUAGUAGGAGAAUAGGUUCUGAAGCAGGAUUCAUUCGGAAUAGUUGUAAACCGAAUAUCAAGUUUAGCACCAUUGUUGUUGAGGGAAACACUAGUCAUGUGCACUUUGCCGCGUUUGCCCUUGAACCUAUCAAGGCAGGGACUGAGUUAACUGUAGGCUGGGAUUGGGACCCCAAACACCCUGUUCACAAAAUUUCUGGUGAUGACAGUGACUCGUUGUCUAUUGAAGAACGGCAGUUUCUCGUGAGAUCCAGUAAAAUGAUUCAACAGCGGGGUAUCGAGUGUGCGUGUAAGAGUGGUGCUGACUGCGUAUUAACCAAAAUGAAAAAGGCUGGUCUAGGUGGUCCUCGUAGUACUAGACUUGGUAAGAAGUCUCUGGAGCAAAAACAGUUACAACUUCAGAAGCAGCAACUCCAACAGAAGCAACUUUACGGCUUGAGUGACAGUAGUAUCGAUGCUUUAGGCUCUAGUUCUCCCUUGAGGUCUCCCAGUACUCCUGCUACUCCACUGUAUUCUGCAAGAGAAGAAAGAAAGAUUCAAGGGGCCAUGUCUCUUAUCGAGAAAAUGGAGCAACGGGAGUCUGCAAAGCGCAAGCGAACUUCUGCAUCUGGGGAUGAUGGUACUGGUGCUAGCAACAAGAUAGAGUCAGCUCCUGUUUCAGGAGAUGAAGGAGGGACGGUUAAUGAUGAUGAAGCAAAUUCCAGUAUCUUAUCUAACAGUACCGCUGAAAUGAAUAACAGGUCGUCGUCUCCAAUAUCUCCAAUCGAGAGAAGUGUUCCGCCUGGUACUUCGCAAAUCUCUGAGCCUGCUAGCAAAAAGCAUAAGCUGGAUGAACCUGUUCAGCCUCUGGUAGUCACGCCGAGACAAAAGAAGUUGGCUAGGUACCUUCUUGCGAAACAGGAGUAUAUUUCUCAGCAAAGGACAAGGCCAAGACAAUAUUCGCCAGUGUCUCCUUCUUCCUUAUCGCGAUUCAGUGGUAGCCCCCCAUCACCCUCGAGAGGCAAAUUUGUCGGUUCUUUGCCUCAUCUUGCAAUCACUAAUAAUAUUGGUGCUCCUGGUGUUCUGUCUGUAGAGCAGACACCCAGCCCUCUAACUCCAAGGACCUUUGUCAAUGGUUUCCAUCCGGCACCCCCAGUUUCUACUGGAACUCAACCAAUGAACGGCCCAAUACCGGCCGCAUCAUCUAACGGUAAUGGAGCGGUUUCGACAAGUACUGGUCUUGGUAUAGGUGUAGAUGCUCCACCCCAAAAGCCAACCGUCAAGAAGAAGCUUUCUUUUGCAGAUUACAGAAAGAAACAAAAGCCUCCCUCGACUGGCACAAACUUAUCGUCUACCAUCAGCUCUGCUACAACGCCAUCCGUCACCUCUUCUGCCUCUUCUGGCCCUAUAACGGACCAGAAAUAA